AUGCAGGAAGAUCCGACCUUACAGAUUCAUUUUAAAGGCCACCGGGGUGCCAUCACAAAUGUCAGUUUCAAUUCGAAUGGCAAACAACUGGGUAUAUAUGUGCAUUUUGUGACGUUUAUCGGUUUAGCCACAUCGUCCAUGGACUCCUCUUUGAUGAUCUGGAACAUCAAACCACAGACAAGGGCAUACAGGUUCUUAGGUCACGAAGAUGCCGUGUUUUGCGCGGUUUUUUCCCCGAAUGGCGAGAUUGUGUUGUCAGCCUCCAAGGAUAGAACUGUCAGAUUGUGGAUUCCCAGCGUGUAGUGCAUGCGUUUGUUCUAACUUAACUUCAGAAAAGGCGAGUCGGUAACUUUUCGGGCUCAUUCGGCUGCUGUUCGGUGGGUCGAUAUAUCCUCGGAUAAUAUGCAUCUUUGUACAGCCUCCGCUGACAAGUCUGUAAAGGUUUGUAUACGGUAUGCCUGAACCUUCGUUAGGUGUGGAGCAUUCAUAGGCAAAAGUUUGUUUAUUCCCUCAACAAGCACGUUAACUGGGUUCGAUGCUGCAAGUCCGAUGUCUCUCUUUUUAACACUUUAAUAGAUAUUCACCCGACAGCCAGCUGAUCCUGUCAAGUUCAGAUGACAAAACGAUUCGCCUAUGGGAUUGUCGAAACCAGGAUUGCGUUCAAACUUUUACUGAACAGGGUGGUUUUGCAGGCCAUCUUGAUUUCCAUCCCAGUGGGAACUGCUUUGCUUCUGCUGGCACAAAUUUUUCGGUCAAAAUUUGGGACCUUAGGAUGAAACGCCUACUUCAACACUACAAUGGUAUGCUUAUUUUUUACCUCUUCGUGGGUGCAUACUAAUUGAUCCGGAUUGAUUCUUUGCGACUUUUAAGUCCCUUGAAAAAUGAAAUAAUUCCGUGUAGUGAACCUUGAAUAAUCAGCAUAAGAUAUCACGUAUUAUUGCAAAUUAGCGCGCAUUAACGGACACGCCCUAACAAAAUCAGCAAGAACAUCCUACGAACGAAUACUUUAAAACUUUAAAAAGUGCCUUUUAAUUUCUCUCGUGCCAAGUGACUGGAAAGUGCUCGACCUUCUUCAUUCCUUUGCUAUCCGUAUACUUCGCGUAAUUGCUGACCGAAAUUAGGAUUUCUCUUCGUCCUGAAUAUCAAGGCAUUAUGUAGUACCGGCUGAACCUUGGUCCUUGCACAUAAUAUGCAAAAUGCAUUCCUUCUGUGCACAGCUAUUCAGAAGCACCAAAGGCUAUUUUAAUCUUUCCUAUUCCUCCACGACAGAUUUUUUUGUGUAUACUUGCGAAUGCUUUUUACGUCACAAUCGUGAGAAUGACCGCUAACUUACUUCACUUGUCCGUUGGCAUGAAGUCGCUGACAGUAGUAACUUGGCGAAUAUAAUUAUAUCGUGAAGUUUGCUGAUUACAUAACAACAUGCUCCCAUAGAGAAUUAGGUUUUGUCGCUGGGAAAAAGACGAUUUCGACAUCAGAAAAGAGGAGGGAGAACAGAUACUACGAUUAGUGUAUGACUUCUCCCAUUUCCUAUAGUCGACUUUGAAAAGUGAUUGCCACUUAUGAUGCCUUCAUCUGUGUAACAGACCAUACCUCAGCCGUGAAAAAGGUCAGUUUCCAUCCGAGUGGGCACUAUCUCAUGUCGGCCUCGGAGGAUUCGACGCUGAAAAUCUUCGAUCUGCUCGAAGGUCGACCUUUGUACACCUUGAAUGGUCACAGAGGUG